AUGGCUACCAACAAUGAACCCAGUGGUGAGCAUGUCACUCUCGUCGCUCCCAUUCUGCAAAAACUCAUCGAUGGCGUCGUCUCGGAAUCCCUUGAUCAAGCUACAGGCGACGAUGUAUUCGACGAUUCACCUUACGAGCGUGUGUUAUGCGCCGCAUGGGAUGUGUGUACAGUUGCCGACUAUGCUCAUGCCAUUGAAUCGACGUCUGAUUUCCACCGUGUGUUCCUCAAGAUCGUUACCAUGACAAAGAGGCCCCGAACGCGUGAGCUGGCAAUGGGUGCACUAGCAAACAUGGCAUGUCACUGGGAACGAGUGGGAAUACGACUAUUGGAUGACUUGGAUGUAUUACGGCUAUGUCGAUCUAUCUUGUGGAAUGAAAAUGAUGCCCGUGUUUUAUUAGAAACGACAAGACUUCUUAAUACCAUGCUUGUACACUCCUCCAGCGAACAGAUUGUCAUUGAGCAUGAGAAUCUCACUUUGUUUUUUGAACCACAACCCAUGUCACCGCUUGUAUUCCAUCAGUAUACCCAAAUCAUUUGCAACACUCUUCACGCUGAAUUAUUACUCAAAGCUCUCGAAUUCGCUACACGAGCAGUCGUCUACAUCAACGCUAUCACACACAGCCUCACUCAACGGCAGGACCGUGACAAGUAUAUCGUCAAACAAGAUACAUUGGCAUUGAUGAAUUGGGGGGCUGAAAGACUUGAUGAAGAAGGUCGAGGUGUUGGUAUCGGCAUGGGCUUCAAUCGCCUCGUGGCAAAGAAUGUCAUGCAUCUCCUAUGGGCGUUGACAGCCUACGGCCUUGUUAGUCCUUCCGAGUGUGCUCAAGGUUUAGGUCAAUCCAUGUGCAGGUUGGUAUCUUAUAUUCAAGAGGAAAGAGACGAAUACGAAGAUGAAGACGACGAUAUCCAAAACUUGGCCGAAGCAUUGAAUACCAAGCUCAGCAUGUCAUAA